CAACACAUAUUUUGCAUUCACAUUUCGACGAAAAAAAUACAAAUAUUUGGCAAUGGUACAUUAGGGGAUUUAAGUGAACAGAUACAGUAUCUGCUGAGUUCGAGAAAAGUGAAAACCGCGAGUUAUAUUGCGCUUUCUAAAAGUGGGCCACAAGGUGCCUGCGUCAACAUUUGGUGCUCAUUUACGCUACCGCACAUGUACGGAGGAUGCCAAAUUGUGAGUUUAUUCAUAUAGAAGGCGUAUAGAAGAAGAUUCGCAUCACGCUUAAUUAAGAACAGGAAAAAAAAACGGUUGGAAAAGACAGGCCGCUCUUGUGUUUCGUAUCUUGCGCCAUCCUCCGUCCCUGUUCAUUGCGCUGUUGCUGAUUAUGCACCGAUAAGAAAUUGUCCACUUGCCCUUCUCGGAAAUGACAUGUUUAAAAUCGCGCGUUUUCCAUUGUCUGCCUCGGAUUCGCGGCGAUUCGGUUCUUCAUCGUUUUCGGUUCCGCCGCGCUGUGAACCUCGCGUCUCGCGAAGGAAUCCCGAGACAGCGUGCCACGGGCAAGGCGUGCCCACAGAAUCGCGCAGGUGCUCGUGCGAACCGCGCGACCCAAGAUCGAACUCGGCUCCAGGGAUUUUGUCCAGCACUGCGUCCACAGCUAGCGGCAGCCCAGCUACGCCGUGGAUGACGCCGAAGGACUUGACGCGACGGCGUAGGCUCCAACGAAAGCGUCUGCAAGAUGGGACCACGGAGCGGCCGCCUACGACAGUCCGCUGCGUGCGUGGUCGGCAGCUGUCCCAGCGUGUGCCUGUCGGUCAACCAGCUCUUCUCCAGCGUUCGCUGCGUUCGGAGCAUCUCGGGCCAUCACCAGGUGGACCUCGACAGGUCAUGCACGGCCAGCGCAGCCGAUGGGUGUCUCCACCUCUCGAAGCUGUCCCUGUGGAACAACUUCCUGUGGGUCAUCAUCAUCAAGCUACGCGAAGGACGGCUGGGCCUGGCUUGCCAGCGCGGACGCGUGGUUCCUUUGGCCUUCAACAUGCGGCGCAGGCGGUCGUUCAUUCUGGUUCAUUGGCCGCUGAUUCAGCACCGCUCCAUCGAGUUCCUGGAGCAGCUCGAGUUACGGAUGUCACGAAAGCAGUUCCAGUUACGGGACGGCCUCGAGCUUAGCGAACACCUGAGGCACGCCAGGCCCUGCUACCACCUGUUGGACUAUCCGACCAGGGACCCGAUGGAAGCGCUCCGCUCCACACUGACCACAAUGGACAGGCUGGAGAUCCUGAGCGAGCGCUUCUCGUGCGUGGGCGUGAGCAUCCGUGUGAGCUGCUCGACAGGUGCGACGUCACGCGCACGCUCGUCUUCCUCGAGCACUGGACCGACGUGUCCAAUGCUGAGGCGUUUAUGCGCUGAGGCGCCGUGCUACGCGCAGCGCCAGAUUCACGUCGACGAGCUGUUCCCGACGGUCCACUCCCACUACGUGCUGACCAACCAUCUGUCCUGUAUACAUAUAUAGCGCAGUCAUCUAGGAGCUCGUCUUCAGCGGCUCUCCUUCAGACACGUACGGGAUACUGGACCGUCUCGCAGCGUUGUGCGUCCUCGUGGCCAGUCGGCGCGCGACUCGAUGUGUGGCCAGGCCCCUUUGGCUGUAGUUUUAUCUCAUCGCGACGUUCUUUGACAUUUCAGUGUGUAUUAAAUAG